CUUCAUUGGCUGCGGGCUCGGCUAUAAUUAUGAGCUGAAGAGUUAUUGAAUGAUCUACGGCGCAAGGCCUACUUCCAAAACGUCCCUUCCGUUUACAGGUGGCGUCGUAUAUCGUAUCGUAUACAGGCAGACCAGGCGCUGCAUGGCUGCCAUCAGCGCCAUGGACGGCUUGAUUUAUCAACCCAUGCUUUUGCGAUGCUACCGAAACUGAGAAAAGCCAUUUCCGUUCAACUCGAAAGCUUCCUCAAAGGACUUACCGCUCCAACUACAAUAUUAUUACUGUCCUAACCAACAUUCGUCUCAAGAUCCAUAUAACCAACUGAGCUUUGUGUCACUGCAUGCAAAAUGUCAAGGAUCUUGGGAAACCUGGAGCCUUGCAAAGGAACCAGUUUGUUCAUCCGCAGAGUCCGGCCCGAAAACUCUGCAGCAAGGAAAAACUUCCACAGUAAUGGGAUCGAUAGACUCCACGGGGCGAGCCCACCAAGGUUACACAAACGGCAUUCGGCCAUGUCUUCUCAUCACCGAGUUAAUUACACGUCCUAGUCGAGAUUGAAUGAGUAGACGCGGUUCGUGCGGUUACCCUCGUGAAGAUCAUGAUUCGAAGAGCGUCUCAAAACUGCAAUCACCGAUCGGUUGCUACACAAGCUUAAUUCAGAGCCAGGUCUUGACUGGCAAAGGCAAAUCAACUGUCUCUGAUAUCGAGGCACGAGUGGAUAAGGCGACAAAGAGAGGGGGGUACAUAUGGAUGGAUGGAUGGAUGGAUGGAUGGAUGGAUGGAUGGAUGGGCGGUCACUGGUGGGCAAUCUUUGACUGUUUCCAUCGAUUCCUGGUACCUAUCACCUGCAGAAGCCACUGCAUUAGGAAUGCCAUGGCUUGUGAUGAAAACGGUAGCUACGAUACUUUCUCCUUCGCUUGCUUCCAAUUCCACGGAGGUCACUUAAAUCAGAUCCUGGAUGCCUGCCAGGAUGACAUUGCUCUUAGACCAAGCCAACAGCUCGGGGAACCCCUUACUUUAGCAAGAUCUUCCUAUGGUAUAUGACUGUCUAACAAUUGCCUAC